GUCUGUCGGAGGUACUAGUCCGUACACCCCUUUAUCUGUCUAAGUCGUGCAUUUUACUCAACUGUUUACAAAACACUGCGUGGGGCAACCGUGGUUUCGCGUUAGCUUUUACGGUGAACUCGGUAAUUCCUCUAGCCAGGACGACAUUUUUGGCUAUACCUCCCUGGAUCACAAGCGGUUUUUCUUCUAUGCGGAUGAGAGGAUCCCUACCGCAUUUUUGUGGACUGCAACGUGGACUUUAAGCGCUACACGGGAGACGGGGGAGGCGCACUGUCGGAAUAAAAUUACUGUUAUAAACCAAGAAAAAAAAAAAAACAACGAAGAAGACACACGUCUUUGGCCUGGUGUGGAUAUCCUCAAAGGAAUGCUGCUGUCCAAGCUCAAUUCUCUGGCCCACAUCUCCACCGUAGAUAUGCCGGCGAAAAUCCAGCUCCAAGUUCAUCAAGUGAAGGAGAAGGAGCCUUUCGAGAAGCUUUAUCAGGUCGGCGCGGUGCUGGGCAGCGGUGGGUUCGGCACCGUCUACUCCGGUACGAGGAUAGCCGACGGAGCUCCGGUGGCUGUCAAACAUGUAGCCAAGGACAGAGUCUCCGAGUGGGGAGAGCUGCCGAACGGUUCCCGGGUUCCCAUGGAGAUUGUGCUGUUAAAGAAAGUCGGGACGGGCUUCCGCGGCGUCAUCAAAAUGCUGGACUGGUUCGAGCGACCGGACAGCUUCAUCAUCGUGAUGGAGAGACCCGAAAACGUCAAGGACCUGUUUGACUUCAUCACGGAGAAAGGUGCCCUACCGGAGGAGCUGGCGCGGAGCUUUUUCCGGCAGGUGCUGGAGGCCGUGCGGCACUGCCACAACUGCGGCGUGGUGCACCGGGACAUCAAGGACGAGAACAUCCUCAUCGACCUUCGCACCGGAGAGAUGAAGCUCAUCGACUUCGGAUCCGGAGCCCUCCUGAAGGACACCAUUUACACGGACUUUGAUGGCACCAGAGUGUACAGCCCGCCAGAGUGGAUCAAAUACCAUCGCUAUCAUGGGCGCUCUGCCACAGUUUGGUCCCUGGGUGUCUUGCUGUAUGAUAUGGUGUGUGGGGACAUCCCAUUUGAACACGAUGAGGAGAUCAUAGGAGGGAAGGUCCUCUUCCGGAGAAGAAUCUCCACAGAAUGCCAGCAGCUGAUCAAGUGGUGUCUGUCUCUUUGGCCGGCAGACCGUCCAUCCUUCGAGGACAUCAUCAACCACUCGUGGAUGCAGAGCACAUCGUCCUCUGUAGUGCCACCCACAGUGCAAACAGAGAAGACGACCACAGAGAUCAGGUUGCACAGCAUCAGCCACGAGCCCACAGCCUUCUCGCCCAGCCCGGUGGCCGUGGCUCGGUGAUGGAGGCGAACAGGUCACGCCGGGCCGAACUGGACUGCACUGACACAAGAGACUAUAACAAAAGAGUCAUGUAACAGGCUGACUGUCCGGGCGCAGACGAGAGCCAGGUUUAAAGGACUACACACAGAGAAGGCCAUGGUCAUGACAAAAACAUCACCCUUUUGUUUGAACCGGGCAGGCCAGACCUGCUCCACCCUCACCACCCCAACUACUCGGUUUUGCUAGUUGUUGACCCGUGUCAGUGUCAGAACAUCAUCCUCGCUGGACUGAUCUAGGCAACGGGUGUUUAUGAGUCUGUAGGAGGGUAUGCUCUGUAUGCACUGACACCUGCGCUGAGCAAAUACAGUACAUUUGCUCACUGUUCUGCUGAACGGCAAGUGGACAGUCUGAGUUAUGUUACUUCUCACUACACUGUACCCUGCUUUCUCCCUCUAUUUCCUGCUGCCACGGCAGAGUGGGAAGAGCAGAGGCAUUGGUGAAGAGGAGAGUGAUUUUCAAAAAGUGCCUUCUGUGAGAUUGUUGGGGGACCCUGAAAAUACUUGAAUUUGUGAAAGCAAAAAGGCUCUUCUUCUCAACAGCCUUUUUGCUCCUUACGCCGUACAAGGCUUUAUAUCGUUUAUUGCUGUUUUUUUCCUCUCAUAGGCCUAGAUCAGUAAAGCCUAUGCCAUUUACAACCACUACUAUCACUACUUCUACUACUUCAAUGUCAUUAGCAACCAGACAACCUCAUAGCUCCGGCAGCAACCUGUGCAAACAAGUCAUAAAAAAGAAACACUGGACUUACCUCACUCUCUGUACUACAGCAUCCACCUCUACUUUACAACCUCCGCUUCCUCCUCUUCUCGUGUUGUACUGUAUACAAACACAAGGCUUAGGCAACCUCUCAUUCACAUCCACCUGAAUGCACACCACAAUGCAAACCUAAACCAUACUGAAAUACACCAUCCUCUGCUCUUCACUUCAAUUUUUUUAAAUCAUUUUUUUUUCUACUUUAAAACAGUGCCUCACAAAGGUCUUCAAAUUCAGUGGGGACGAGAAUUGUAAAUAAUGACAAUAUUUAUUAUUGCUGUGACUUGUUUCUCUCAAACCCAAUGAACCUUUUGUCACAGAAUUUAUUUAUUUAUUUAUGAGAGAAUUUCGGCUGUACACGUAUAUAUUUCAUUCCACAGUCACUGAAGGGCCCACAGAUUAUUUAAAAAACAAACAAAGAUGAGAUGAUUUUUUUUUUGACCAUAUUUAUGGCUUGAAAUUUUCAAAGAGCAGAUGUGUGUGUGUAUGUUUGUAUAUGUAAUGUAAAUAAUAUGUAAUUAGUCCCAAAAGCACUUCCAUCUUAAUGUAUGUAAACAAUGAACGUCUACUGAUGGUAACUGGUUUUGUUACGCUGUUGUCUGCUGUGGGAGCGAGUACAUUCUGAAUGUUGGUGUGUGAGUGUGUGUAAAUGCUUGUGUGCAAGAGAGAUGUGCAUGAUUGCAGCUUGGAUUGUUGUGUUUGUUUGUUUUUCUUUUCAGCCAUUCAAAUAGAAUUGUAAAUUAUGUUAGAAAUUAUUUUUAUACGAUUUCAAUAAAUAUUUUUUUAACUAUGA